UCUCCUUCAGAUGGCGCUGCGUCAUUGCUCUCGUCUCUUCCGGCUUACGGAAGCUAACAGAAGCUAACAGGCUAACAAGAUGACAACGUUACGACCUUUUACCUGCGAUGAUCUGUUUAAAUUUAAUAAUAUUAACUUGGAUCCUCUGACUGAAACUUACGGGAUCCCGUUUUACCUGCAGUAUUUGGCUCACUGGCCUGAGUAUUUCAUCGUGGCCGAGGCUCCUGGAGGAGAGCUCAUGGGCUACAUCAUGGGGAAGGCCGAGGGCUCCGUGGCUCGUGAGGAGUGGCACGGUCAUGUGACGGCUCUGUCCGUGGCUCCGGAGUUCAGACGACUGGGACUCGCCGCUCAGCUCAUGGACAUGUUAGAGGAAAUCUCUGAGAGGAAAGGCGGGUUCUUCGUCGACCUGUUCGUGCGAGUUUCCAAUCAGGUGGCGGUGAACAUGUACAAGCGUCUGGGUUACAGCGUGUACCGGACGGUCAUCGAGUAUUACUCCGCCAGCAACGGGGAACCGGACGAGGACGCCUACGACAUGAGGAAAGCUUUGUCCAGAGACACAGAGAAGAAAUCCAUCAUCCCACUGCCUCAUCCGGUCAGACCAGAGGACAUCGAAUAACAGCGUCUGUGGCUCUCCAAAAACACAAAAUAAAACUCUCCAAAAACACAACAUGAUGAAUAAAACUCUCCAAAAACAAAAUAAAACAACAUGAUGAAUAAAACUCUCCUAAAACUCAACAGAAUUACCGAUAAAACUCACACACAUUGACCCAAAAUGUGUAAAUAUGAACCCAGCGGCGUCGUCCUGAGGAGAGCCACAGACCUACUCCACUCUGACUCCCCAAAACCUUCAAAUCUACUGUGAAAUCAAAUUAUGACUCAUUAAAACAAGAAAAAAAA